GUAGCCCAGAGUAAUCUAUAGUACCGGUACUAUAGCUCAUACUUCCCUGCUAAAUACACUCAAAUGGGAUCUAAUACAUGCAUAGCGUGAUAAUAAGACAUAAUUAUGAGUCAGUCAUCUUGUAGGAUCUCCAUGCACUAUUCUUCUGGGGUACAUCCUAGCAAACUGGUCAAUCAUAAUGGGGAUGUCCAGUCAUUCUAGUGUUAGUCAUUGCUUCUCAGUAUCUCUCAGAGGAGCAAGAGGUGACUGGGAUAGUGCAGAGGAUCUAUUAUGCAUGCAAUUAGCAUUACAUAACAACAUUGGAAUGGCAAUACUGAUUGCACAUGCUCAAUUGGGCGUGGUCAUGACUUGUAAUCGUUGUGUCAAUGAGAUAGAGUUAGCUAGCUAGCUACUGAGUGAUACGAUUAGUUUCAUGGUUGUCUGGGAGGACAGGGGGGUGCUCAAGCCCCCAAAGCCCCCCAUUGUACACGCCACUGAAUAGAGAUAAAGCGUAUUAGAGUUUUUUUGAUUUUCUUUCUGGCUGGCUUCAGCACUGCCCAAUAUUCAGUGAGUGUGGAGAGACCAUGUCCAAUGGAAACAGUCACUUUCACUUGCACUGCUCCUGGAGAUUCCUUGAAAUGGGAACCGUCAGAUGCAGCUCGCACAAUCGCUGUCCGCUCCACCUCUGGCCUCAAUGUAUAGCCAAUGUUGUAUCAGGUUACACUGUGACACUGAUUGCAUUCAAUGAAACUACACUAACAUCUACUCUGUCAAGAACAGCAGAGAAUGGGAUCACUGUGUCCUGUAUGGGGUUUGUGCCUACUCUAACUACCAUAGGAUCUUCAACGAUCUGGUUGGUUGAUUCACCAGGACCACCCUCCACCAUCAGACACUCCAUUCUAAAUAACUCAGCAGAUGAAGUCAGUGUAUCUGUACAGUGGGACCCUCCUACUGAGACUGGUGGUAGAGAUGACCUCACCUACACAGUGACUGUCUCACCUCCGGCCCAGCUCUCUGCUACUGUCCUCACAUCCACCUCUGUUACUGUGACUGCUCAAUACAAUGUAGACUACACUGUCAGUGUUGUGGCUACCAACUGUGCUGGGAACAGUACAACAGCUGAGUACAACUUUAGGAUCGGUGGCUGUCCUGUGUUGUUAAUCAACCUCAUGAAUGGAGCGUUUGGACCAGUCUCCAGCAGAUUAUCAGGAUCCACAGUAACCAUCCAGUGUGAUGUUGGGUAUGUAUCUGCUGUUACAAUGGUGACAUGUGAGAGUACACUAAUGUGGAGUCAUGACCCCGAGGCUAUUGAGUGUAUAUCACUAACCACACCUACUACCACAACUCCCCCUCCAAUAAACUGCACAGCUCCACUAUCCCCACCACUGGAACCACCUACAGCUGCUCCUUGUAAUUGUAAUUGUAAUUGCGCCAGCCUAUGUGAUGGGGGUCGAUUUGAUACAGCUGUCUCCAUCAGCGUGGUUGUCAUGGCAAUUCUAUUCACGAUAAUAGGAUUAUUUAUGGGACUCUUAAUAAUGUAUUUAUUUGUUCAUGCAUAAAAAGAAUGUGUACUCCCCAGCAGCUAAAGGACAAGCUAAUGUAGGACCCACUACACCAGUUGGUCCUGUUUAUGAGGAAGUGUCACCAAAAGAGGAGAUGGAACUGAAUACUAACCAGGCGUACGGACCAGUAGGACUAUGAAACUUAUGGUAAUUUUCAUCAACAGUUAAUGUACAUGUAAACAAUUAUAGGACUACAUCCGUUCAACUAUACUUAAGUAAACAAUAACGUUGUUCAUUAAAAAGCCACUACACAUGUUUUGUAUGAAGUUAUAUAACUAGAGCACUAAAGUGCAAACCCUCGGCUGGUGACAUGAUUAUAAAGAACCCAAAUAAAAAGUAUGCAGUGCAUGUAGUAAUGUAUGACUGGGCUGUCUAUCACAGCAACCCAGGAGACUGGAGGCUUCUAUAGAAACCGUGAUAAAAGCACCUUAAAAGACAAUCUCAACUAAAACAGCCAAUAUGUAGU